AUGGAGCUGAUCCAGGCCCAGCUACAGGGAUGGGAAAUGUUGAGCACCAUUUUGGGCCUGGCCACAGCCACAAGGAAUACUGGGAGCUGCUCUGGGCCCAGCUGUGGCAGUGGGCUUCCCAGGUUGCUGAGCCCUGAGCACCUGGCAAGGAAUCAAGGAAGGGAGGCAUUUGACAAACUCAGCACUGGGCCCACUGCCACUGGUGGAGUCUUGAGCGGCACAGGACCCAGCCCUGCAUCAGCUGGAGAUUGGGGAAGAGGAACCUGGGAGUCUGGCCGAGCCUGCGGCAUCAUCGAAAUCCAGUGGCAGCAGGACAAGCCAGAUUGUCUCAGUGCUUAUGAAACAGGACCUCUGGUUACAGCUCAGAAUGUGACAGUUGAGAACAGCUACCAGAGUGAGAAAAUCCAGUACUGGAACUAUCCUUGUGAAGAAUAUGAAGUACUCACACAUGAUGGGUAUUAUCUGAGUCUCAGCAGAAUUCCAGGAGGCUCAAAAGCAGCUAUAUUGCUGAUGCAUGGCCUGAUUUUGGAAGGCAGUGUUUGGGUAGCAGAUCUGCCCAAUAAUAGCCUGGGAUUCAUACUAGCAGAUGCUGGAUAUGAUGUGUGGAUUGGAAACAACAGAGGCAAUUCCUGGUCUAGAAGACACCAGUUCCUUACAAUUGAUCAACAGGAAUUCUGGGAUUUCAGUUUUCAUGAAAUGGGCAUUUAUGAUCUUUCAGCCAUGGUAGACUUUAUUCUACAAAAAAGUGGACAGAAAAAAAUCUUCUAUGCUGGUCAUUCUCAAGGAAGCACUAUAGGUUUUGUGGCAUUUUCUGUGGUGCCUGAACUUGCUGAAAAAAUUAAGAUGUUUUUUGCCUUAGGACCUGCAUAUACAUUCAGAUACAAUAGAAGUCUACUUUCACCAAUACUGUGGUUGCCAACAGCAUUUCUGAAGAUUAUAUUUGGGACGAAAGAACUGUGUCUGUUGAGUCCAAGACUGAGAGCAAGUAUGGCCCAAAAAUGCAGUUCCCAGUUACUGGAUGUGCUUUGCAAGCAAGUUCUUUUUCUUGUUAGUGGAUUUAAUGAAAAAAAUUUAAAUCAGAGCCGUGCCGAUGUGUAUGUAUCAAUAUUCCCAGAUUAUACAUCUGUGAAAAAUUCAAUUCACUGGAGUCAGUCAGCUAAAACAGGGGAAUUCAGAUUCUUUGACUAUGGCUCAAGAAAUAUAGAAAAAUACAACCAGACCAGUCCUCCUUUGUACAGGAUAGAAGAGAUCACGGUGCCGAUAGCAGUGUGGAGUGGAGGACAGGACUGGGUUUGCCAGCCAAAGGAAACUAUGGAAUUAUUGUCUCGAAUCACUAAUCUCAUUCAUUACAAACAUUUUCCUGAUUGGAUUCACUGGGACUUCAUUUGGGGACUAGACGCUGCUCAGCGCAUGUAUGUGGAAAUCCUUGGAUUGAUGGAGAAACACUUGUGAAUUCAUUUGUACCGGGAUUAAGGACUUGGAUUUUUUAAGGGUACAUCUGUUGGUUUCACAGUGCUUAUUUUUGGGUUCUCACUUCCUGUUAUUUUCAGUGGAUGGAUGAGUUUAAUUGGUUACAAAACUGCAUCUCUCUCAAGAAUCUAAUAGCAAAAUAAUUUGCUGCAUUUCCUAAUUUGUUCUUACUAUAGAUGCAUGCAUUAAAAAAAAAUCAUUUUAAAAAUUUCUUUUAUUAAAAACUAAAACAUCGUAGCAUGCUCACUUUAUAUAGUAUCUGGUUUUGUUUUGUUUUUUAGUUCUAUAGUAUAUAAAUGUGUGUGGCCACUCUGUUGUUUCCAAACCAAGGCAUUUAUGCUCUUUAACUCCCUCCUUUCCAGGACAUCUACAGUUAUGCCAAACUUUAAAAAAAGUUUAACUUCAUUGGCACUUAGAAGGCCAACAAAGUUAUAUUCCUGGGAUAAGCUGUACCAGCAUAAAAACUUUGUUGAUUUUAAAGGUGCCACUGGACUCAAACUUAGUUUUGUUGCUUCAGACCAACAUGGCUACCCACUUGAAUCUAUGGCAAACUUAACUCUUCCUUAUAUUCUGUUCUCAAAAUCCACCUUGUCUACAAAGCCAGGUAGAAGCUGUUCAAAAUUGUCUGAUCUAAAGUUCCUUGGAAAUAUCAUAGGUAAAAUGAUAUAUUGUUUGUUUUGUUUUAUCUGUUCUGGAGAUGCAGAAAACUGUCAAGACACAUUUUAAAAGUUUGUGUUUUUCAUCAGGAAAAAAAAGUACUAAGAUAUAUAGGGUAUGAUAACUUCAUAGCUCAUUGCUCUGUGUUUUCUCAGUGCUGCAUCUGUAUAGAUUUAGGUAAUCAUUGUCCUUAAAUUGUGCUUCUUUAUUUAAGAUAAUCACUAAAAGAAAUCUUAGCCAUUGAUUAUGUGUUAAUUAAUCAGUUAGAUUACCAGUUAAAUCAACACAUAUUUGCAUACAAAUUAAACAAUAGUUUUGAAGGAAAAAAACCUAAUAGUUAUGAGAUGAUACAAAGAAGGGUGGCACAAGAGACUGUGAUUGCUCAAAACUUUUACUUGAUCAAAAGGCUGUUAAAUGAACUGAUUAAUCAACUGAAUGCUGGAGCACUAUUUGAUUGCAUAAGAAAAACCUUUAGAAGAUGACUGGGAUAGUUAAAAGGAAGUUGAGAGAGAGAGACCAAGGCAGCUGAAAUCUCUGCAGAAAACUUGAAAGUUUGUUUGUUUGUUUAUUAUUUUCUGUAACAACACACAGAUCCAAAAAAACCGAACUACCUAAACAAAAUACAACUUCAAAAUAUAUAUACAGACAAUUUCAGCUUGUGCACAGUAAGAGGUAACUAUGUGUAACAGAUUUUACUGGUUACUUAAUUAUCUCUUCACAUGCAUCUGUUUUCAGCCUUUGAUAUUAUACCAUAGUCUAAAUA